CCAGCGCUGAGGGCCCGAGCGGCCGCCGCUCGACCCUGGCUGUGGGAGCUCGAUCUCCCCGCGGAAAGCCCUGUCAGUGUGGCCGACAGAUUAAGAAUGCUUGGACAAGACCAUUCUGAAGAGCAGCAUGGCACAGGGUGCUCGUUUCUCUGGCUAUGCAGAAAAGAAUGUCAGUUUUUUUUUCCCAGGAAACAAAACAAAACCAACCACAGGUGGAGCAAGACUUCACUAGCAAGUAGGAAAAAAGCCUCAGGGAAAAGUGACAUAGCACAGGUGCCUCAGAACAGAUGUGUGGGAAAAGUGCUGGGACCAGAGGCUGGAGGGAGCCUGGGAUGAUGACUGAGAGGUGGGAAGAAAAGGGAAGUUGUGGCACUGCCCAGCAGAGAUGACCGAAUUUUUCCCUUGGGAUAUGGACUGAGGACUGAAGUAUAGCAGUGAGCUUUGGUUCUUCAAGUCCUUUGCCAAAGUAAGGCAGAUAAAUGCCAUUAUGCUUGAGGAAAAUGAGGGGUGGAAAGAAAGAAAAUUUGCACACAGGAAGAAGUUAGAACUCCAGCAAAAAUAUCAAGGGAUUUCAUCCUUGUCCACCCUAAUGAAUAACUGCUGAGGAAAAAAAGAUGCUUGAGAGAAAGGAUAGAAAAAUAUGAACUAAAAGAAGAUAAAAGAAGUCAGAAAUGCUAAACGAGAACAGAUCAAGUAUAUGCCUUUGGCCCAAACUUGAAAACUCUGAGGGAACACAAAGAUGAAGCAGAAAAAGGAGGAUGUAAGUGAUCUAGCAAUUAUACCAUGAUGCUGCCUCAGAGCACCGAGAGGGUUGUUUACAUAUAUUACAAAUAAUGAACCCUUACCCUGUGUGCUGGAGCUACCAGUCAGCCUACAGCAUCUGUACCAGCCCAGAGGGAUUUCAGAGGAACCCACCAAUUCAUUUUCUUCUAGUCACAAAGCAGGCACCAAUGGAAGCUCUGGAUUCAAACAGAUGAAAGGGUAAGAAACAUAUUAUCACCAUCACAAACAUCGAAUUCUUCUGAAAAAUAUAUCUCAUGGUAAACACUUCCCCAAGACCUUGUGUGAACUUUUUAACAAGGGCAUAAAGACAGGUGGCUUUGCCAGCCAGGCAAGAUCUUAAGAUGUAGCUGUUGAUGGUUUUUUAACCUCCAAUUAUCUCUCUGGAGUAGAGGAGACUGCUUUUAAGGCUGCACAGAGCAGGAAGUGCUAAGUGUGUUCAUAAAGGUGUGGCUUAGCUCCCUAGCAAUUCCUUGGCAACAGGGGCUGCUAGCCUUCAGUAAAACAAACAGGCUUUGUGGAAAUCAAAAGUUGAGAAUGCAAGCUGUUCACAUCUCUUUGAUUAAAGCAGCCAAUCUUUGAAUGAAGGUGGUGGACUCCACCUUGUUCCCCCAAACCAAACAGAUUCACAAGGUUUGGAUAGAUAAAUCUUGCACUUUUGAUAACCGUGCAAAAUACAAAAUGUUUUUUAAAGUCAUUUUUGCAAGAUGUGUGUGGGAAAAGGAGAAAUUUGCACAUAAAUUUAUCAAAAACUUGAUGUUCUAUACCUCCUCUGACAGGGAUUCCUUCAUAGAUAGAACGUAAUCCAGAGUUUUGAGAGACAGGAAGACCUGGCCUCACAGUCUUACAUCUAAUGUCUAUAUAAAGGUGUAAAAUGCUGCCCAUCGUGACUCAUGUGUGACAGUGACAGCCGGCCUGACUGCCCAUAGUGAGGCUGCAGGUGUUCAGCGGGAACUGGCCCUAGAAAAGCUUCAUGUGCCCUAAAGCCACGCAUUCAUGACACUAUCAGGCAAAAGUACCCCUCUUGUUUGCCCAUUCCCAUGAGUCACUGCCUUGUUUUUGCCAGGAUAACUGAACCAAAUGAGAUAAUGACUCCGCUUUAGAGAAUAGAGGAGCAGAUGGACCCCUCAGAUUCCCUGCUCACACAAAGCAGAGCACUAGAGUAUGGAAAGGAGUAAUUAAAAGUUAAAGUUAUGUCCUAGACAUCUACUUCACCCAGAGCCAGAGCAUUAUUGGUGCGUUCACUCAAGUCACUGCAGAGCCACUCCCAGAAUGUGCGAGGCAGCUUCCUAUUGUGUGCCCCAGGGCUCUUUUUCUUUUCCUCACCACCAUGUAUUUCAGUGUAGAAAAGGCAAAAUCUUAAUGUAUGUUAACUGUGUCACACCAUGAUUGAAAUAAUUACUUGGAGAAAACAAGGAAUGACUGAACACAAGGUGACAUUUCCUGUCAAACAAGGGUGUGCCACAUUAGGAGAGGGUUAUGGAAAGGAGGUGAGGUGGUACUGGCACUUAUGAAACAGCUCUGUCAGGGUAUAUUAUCACAACUCCAACUUGCUGGGAAGGGAAUUGCACCUGCUUGCCAUGUGCUUAGUUAUUAUCUGUGCUUAUAAAGCAAUUCUAUAGCUGUUAAGUGAUAAAAUGCACUGAAUUGCAUCAUACGGAGUCUUAAAUUUAAAAUUUCUACAGUAUGCCAAAAGGAAUCAUCUAGGUAUACCUGUCCUCUUUCUGUCUGAAUAUAUUUACUGACUGUGCAGUAUGUUUCUUUGAGAAUGUUUCUUCUCAGGAAACCAUAUCAUUCUCCUGUAUCAGCCAGAUGUAUCUGUAAGGACACUACUUCUAUCCUAUUUCCACUGUAUAUUCCACAGUGUGUAAGAUCCAACAUCAGGCCAAAGGAAGAAAGGUAGUUGUUUAAUCAUGCUGAGAGGUUAAAGUGAGAAGAGCGUUUGUUGAAUAAGUCAGGGAAAUUUAUUUGAGUGAGAAUUUGAUGACAUGGUUGUAACUAUAUAAUACAGUUGAAUGUGAACUAGUCUUCCAUGCAAGCAAUUGCAUCUAGAGAUGCUGAAGAAAAAAAUUAAAUUUUUUUUGCAAAAACUGUAGUUGUCUUGUCAAGCUGCAAAUGGUAGAGUAGAAAAUAAACUCAUCUAAUCUUCCUAGAAAUUGGCAUUAGUUCUGCUAGAGGCUGGUAGCAACGUGUCAGCCUUAAAGUCUUGUACUUUCAAGAAAGGACAGUGAAAACAGAAAUACAAAAAAAAAGUUGUAUCAGAGUCUGCUGCUUCUUUGGGCAAAUUAUCCCAUCCUUGCGUUGGAUAGAAUAGGACACAGGGUGUGUUUGAAAUCCCUGUCAGAUCUGAGGUAUGUAACAAUUGCUGGUAGAAAUGAAGUGAAGCAAAAUAGCCAUAAGCAAGAUGAAAGAUCAGGAAAUCAUUGAAUGAUAAAUCCUUUCAUGUCUAGUUUGGAUGCACAUAAUUGCAUUCAUCAAUUUAUUAUACAAAAUGCUUCGAUGAAAUGUUUUUAAAGCCUAACUACUUCAACAGGUGGUUAAGUUUUGCUUAUGUUUUGCAUUUAUAUUUUACUUCUGUUUAUACUGUGGUGAGAAAAAGAAGUGUAUUAGCAUAUCUCUAUGUGGAAUAAGUUUAAUUAAAUUCUAAUGAAAAAACAGGUUAAAUAUCAGAGCAGUUAAAUCAAAUGGGAAUGGAGUAUUAUAGGAACACACCCUCCUUUUUUAUCAAGGUUUUUAUGUCAGCUGAGAGUUUGUGGUACAAUCUGAAUAAACAGACAGAGAUUAGUAAUUUCUGCCAAGAUAAUCUCAUGAGGCCAGUAUCAGCCAGUUGUCAGCAAAGCUUGAGAAGAUGUAACCUGUAUAAAUUCAUCAUUAAUUGUGUAAAUUUUACAGUUGUUUUUCAUUGAAUAACUUGGACUUCCAGUAUACAGUCCUUUGUAUUUGAUGAUCAGUUCUUUCAUCACUGCUACAUUACAUCAACUCUCAGUGAGAGCAAUGUGGAGCAUGCAGAUCUUUUGAUGUAGAUAAUGGCCUUUACAUUUCUUGUGUUGUCUAUUUGUUUUUUAUGUUUACAUGCAAAGGUGACUGGAUUUGGGUGACUGGAAUCCAAUGUUCCAGCUGGCAGUGGCCACUUCUCACUUCAAAACUUCAGUGAUUUUGUGGUUCAGUGAACUUCUGAGAACUUCCUAAUUGUACAGUAUGAAUCAUUUAUGUGUGGGAAUAUGACAGUCUGAAUACCACUGAUUCUUUGAAGGAGUGUUGCAAAAGUUUUCUAAAAGGGUAAAGGACUACUGAAUUUCCUGUCUUGCUACUCUUAUGACUGGAAGCCUCUGAGUUGGUCUGUUAAAUAUAAAGUACAAAAUGGCCCAAAUUAAACGCUUCAUGUAGACAUCAGGUCAUUCUCAUUUUCCAUUAUGAGGAGUUGAAAUCUUGAUCUUUCCCCAAGAGGAUAUAACUUUAUCCUGUUGAACUGUAAAUGUGUAAUUUUAGAUUUUAUUGUUUAUAAAUUAAGAAGAUGAUUCUAUUUAAUUGCAUGUAAAUACUAGUGAAUAACAGAGAGCAUUUUGGCUUUUAGCUAUUGCAGUGGAUUGUGUUACCAAUUUAUGUUUUUACUCUUUCCACUGGGGUGAUAGUGAUGGUACCAAGGAUGGUGGCAAUGGAUUUUUUUUCCUUUAUAAUUCACUAUAACAAAUAAAUCACUAGAUCAACUUCACAAUUAAAAAGAGAAUUUUUUACUGUUGGAAAUGCUGCCACACUGACCCUACUAUAUCCUUUCAAUGGGCAAAGAGAGAAUGGGUUAGUAUACAGAAGUGUUUUGAUCCAAGACUGAACAUCAGUCUUGCUGAAAAACCUGCCACAAAAGGAAUAUUUUCCAUUGAACUUCUUUUCUCAUAUUAUACUGUACCUGAGGCUAGUAAAAAAAGUAACCAAUUGCAAUGAAAAUUUCUUAGGCAGGUUGUAGGGGCAAUAAAGCUUCACACAAAGUCAAUUUUCAAUCACAGAUAAGGUAGAUUGAAAGGGUCAGGAAAUACUUGCAUAUUCAUCUCAUUAGGUAACAGAAAUUGUAUCACAUGGCUUAAAGAUCCUGUCUCAACUAGUUGCAGUGAAUUAUUUAAAAAUUUAGCAGUGAGAUCAGAUUGGCGACCAGGAGAAAGUUUUUCAUCAGCAACGCAGUGCAGCGCUGGAACGUGUCAUCCAUGGAGGUUUCCAAGACACAGCUGGCCAAAAUACUGGCUGGUUCACCAUAGUGCUGGCAAUAAUCCAGUUCUGGACAAGAGGACUUGCAGAGGUCCCUCCCUGUCAGCAAUCAUUUCAGUGAUUCUAAAUCCAGAAAAUUCUUUAGUCAAUUAUUUGAAGGACAGCAUUAUUUCCAAUGAAAAAUAAAGGAAAUUCAGUUUAUUUGUUAUGAACUGUUAACUUUGAUGUAAAUCUAUAAUAAUAUUUAUGAAAGACACUACUAUGCAUGCAUGUUAGAUUUGUCCAUAAGUUUGGUAGAAAAGUAAAUGCUUAGAUUUUCAAAAGCCUGAUAAGUGUAAUCUGGAGAAAUUUGGCUAAACAGCUCACACCAAUACUCCAGUGGGAACUGAGCAUGUAUAAAACCUUUGUAGGAUUAAACCACUGGAUUGAUGGUCAUUCCAUAAAGAAGAGAAACUGUGUAAAGUAAUAGGGGAAGUAAUUUCAUUUUUAUUUCUCUUUAUAGUCACCAAUGUUAUGUUUUAAUUUACCUUUAAGUCAACAGAAAUGGAAUUCCAACUGAUACAGGAUUCUAAGUGAAUGCUUCCAGUGUGGCUUGAUGGUGCUGGUAUCUGCAGGGUGUGGAUACAAUAUUGCUGCUAGCAAGAAAAUUCUUGCUAGCAGCAAUAUUGGAUCUGCAGUAGGGUACCAAUCCAUCAGAACCAGAGUUCUGAAGCUCUUCUGCAGAUUGCUGAGCUUUUGUGGAUAUCUCAAUGGAAAUUAUUUCAAGGCUUCUACAGUGCAUUGUAACCAUGGGAGACCUACCUGGCAGACCAAAAAAUCAGAUUUCUCCAAACAUCUGGACAGCAAUCAAAGAACACUGCUAAGCACUUGUUCCCAUGCCUUUUCCCACUCAUUGCUGUUAAAGAAAGGAUGCCAGAAAAUUCUUUACAUAUGGGUUUAUGUUUCAGGAGUUACAGUAAGCUCCUCCUUCAGCAAAUAUUGCUGCAGUAUCUUAUAAUCCAAUCCAGGAGCCAAGGACUGAAUGGGUAUGAAAUCUAAAUGUCUUCUCACAUUUGCUUACAGAUCACUUACAGAUCUUUUACUUCCAGUGCCAGUUCAGUUUGGAGAUGCUGAGGCAUGCAGAGAAUUUACUACCAUCCCUAUUGUGCAGAGAAACACCAAGGCUCCAUACUUACUCGAUUUAAUAUCUCUGUUUCUCAAAAUCAUAGAAAAAAUUAGAAAUUAGAAUUAGAAAUUGAAAUUAGACCCAACUUCAAAGUUAAUUCACUUUUUUCAGGGUGUUUUAACCCAUCUGACAGGGUUAAAUAUCAUCAUCAUUUUCCUCCUUUUAACUGAUGACUAAAAUAUUCAUGAGGACAAAUAACUUCUCAAUAUCAUACUAGUUUGGAACAGAAGAUUGACUUCCAUGUUCCCUGAAAGGUAAUUGAGGUAUUUCUGUAGAUCUAAAUGCAGCCAGGAUAUUACUCCAGAUCUCAUGUCUCAAAGUUUCAUACUCCUUUUAUUAGACUUCAGCAAAAGGACUUCAGUCAUCAGGACAUUCAGUUCACAGGAAUUUUUAACAAUGUAAAAGAUACUUCUCUUCUCUUUCUCUUCUCUUCUCUUCUCUUCUCUUCUCUUCUCUUCUCUUCUCUUCUCUUCCCUUCCCUUCCCUUCCCUUCCCUUCCCUGUAUAGUAAGAAUGAAAAUGCCACUACAGAUUUAUCCAUUGCAAGCACAAUGCUUUUAAUGAUUCUCUUCAGUGUUCUCAUGGGAUCUAACUGUAAAAAUGAUCUAUUUUCCAGUUUUAAUUGCUUGAUUAAUAAGAAACAAAAUAAUCACAGUACUAAGCUUGCAUAACAAUGAAUGUCCAUCUUUAAAACUUUUCUUCUCCACCCAGUUACAUUACAUGGAGCCUACCAGCAAACACCUCUAUAAAUAUGCCUGCCAGGAUUAAAGCUAAAGGAUGAUUUCCCAAGCAGCUGCAUGAGCUGCAGAGACAAGAGCUGAGAGGUGUUUAACAACUGUCUCGUGAUAUUCAGUGAGAUGCACCUGUGCAAAGUUUCCUGCAUGGCCUCUGUCAGAUUAACGUCGGCAUGGGUAGCUCGAUACACACACAGCAACGUGCACAAAAGGCAAUUACUUAGAAACAGUUGUUUCCCCCUGUGGUCAUGACGGCUUCGCACAGUGACUCUUUGGUGGUGUUGUUUGGGGCAACAGCUGGUGCAUAUGGGGCUAAACUGGGUUCGGAUGAGAGGGAACUAAUUCUCUUGGUGUGGCAAGUUGUGGAUCUACACAGCAAGAAGGUAGGGACACUACACAAAUCCCUGGUGAAAGCAGACAACUUGGACUUAAGUGACCAGUGUCGCGAAGUCAGUGGCUUAACACCAGAGGGACUGGGCAAAGCUGAACCACUGGACCGGGUUCUUCAACAGUUUAGUCAGCUGGUAUCCAGUGACUUGAAAGUACUUGGAAGGAGCUCUUACACACUCUGCAGUGAUGGCCAGUUACUCAUUCGACAAGUUCUCCACCCAGAAACAUCCAAGAAGAACUUCCUGCUGUCAGACUGCUUCUAUUCCUUUUACGAUCUGCGCAAAGAAUUUCACUCUUGCUACCCUAGUUCAGCCGCCGUGAAAGAUCAGACUAUCAAGACCAUGGCAGAAUAUCUAGGCUUAGGGACAGAUGAAGCGGAGGAGGACUUUGGUGUGUGGCAAGUGAAGACCAUGGUGGCUAUCAUUUUCAGCAUGCUCUCAGAAGGUUGUAAUCACGUAUUUACUGAGCCUGAAACUGUGAAAUACAAGUAUGAAACAGGUCCUUGUAGUAAAUCCGAAACUGUGGACAGUGAGACAGUCAUACGUGCCAGAGGUUUGCCAUGGCAGUCUUCAGACCAGGAUAUCGCUCGAUUUUUCAAAGGACUCAACAUUGCCAAAGGUGGUGUGGCUCUGUGUCUGAAUUCUCAAGGAAGAAGAAAUGGGGAGGCUUUGGUUCGGUUUGUCAAUUCUGAACAGAGAGACCUUGCCCUGGAAAGGCACAAGCAUCAUAUGGGUAGCAGAUACAUUGAGGUUUACAAAGCAACUGGAGAAGAAUUCUUAAAAAUUGCAGGAGGCACCUCCAAUGAAGUGGCCCAGUUCUUAUCCAAGGAGAAUCAAGUUAUCAUCCGUAUGAGAGGCCUUCCAUUCACUGCUACUCAGGAAGAUGUCUUGGGGUUCCUGGGGCCAGAGUGCCCAGUCACAGGAGGGAAAGAGGGACUUCUCUUUGUCAAGUACCCAGAUGGCAGGCCCACAGGAGAUGCAUUUGUGUUAUUUUCCUGUGAAGAAUAUGCACAGAAUGCACUUAAAAAGCACAAAGAAAUACUUGGAAAACGUUACAUUGAACUCUUCAGGAGCACAGCAGCAGAGGUCCAACAGGUACUUAAUCGAUACAUGUCAACACCUCUUAUUCCAACUCUUCCAACUCCCAUCAUUCCAGUCAUACCCCCACCAUACACCAUUGCCACGGGCAGCAUCCGUGACUGUGUCCGGCUCAGAGGUCUUCCUUACACUGCUGGCAUUGAUGACAUCUUGGAAUUUAUGGGAGAUGCUACAGGUGAUAUCAAGCCCCAUGGAGUUCACAUGGUCCUUAAUCAGCAGGGACGACCGUCAGGUGAUGCUUUUAUCCAAAUGAAAUCUGCUGACAAAGCCUUUAUGGUGGCUCAAAAAUGUCACAAAAAAAUGAUGAAGGACCGUUAUGUGGAAGUAUUCCAGUGUUCAGGAGAGGAGAUGAACUUUGUUUUAAUGGGUGGCACUUUAAAUCGUAGUGGCUUAUCCCCACCGCCAUGUAAGUUACCAUGUCUUUCUCCACCAGCUUAUGCAGCUUUCCAAACAGCAGCUGUGAUCCCAGCAGAGGCAGCAGCGCUUUACCAGCCACAAGCCCUCUUGCCAACCACCAGGACGCCCCAGGCCUCCACAGCUGCUCCUCCAACUGUUACCUACUACCCAGCCCAGGCUGCUCAGCUUUACAUGAAUUACACAGCUUACUAUCCCAGUCCUCCAGUAUCUCCUACCACGGUGGGGUACAUUGCAGCUCCUCCAGGAGCUGUGGCUGCUGCUGCCACUGCAACCCACACUCCAAUCCUGCCCCAGCCUGGAGCCUUAGUCCGGAUGCAGGGCUUGCCAUAUAACACAGGAAUGAAGGAGAUACUCAGUUUCUUCCAGGGGUACCAGCUCCAAGCAGAUUCCAUCCUCAUGCUUUACAACUUUAGUGGCCAGCCCAGUGGUGAGGCAUUGGUGACUUUCCCAAGCCUGGAUCUAGCUAAGAAAGCAGUGGCUGAGAAAAACGGACAGCUCCUGGGAAGCCGCUGUGUACAAUUGUACCUGGUCUAACUCAGCACUCUCUGGAGGAUGAGGAAAGGAUGUUGCACUCACCGUGCCUUUUGCAAAAUAAGAAGUCUUCCCUUGCGACCCAGGCAGCAACAAAUGUGCCUUUUCAGCAUAACAUGUUGGAAUGCAGAGUGGUGCAUGUCCUGUGUUUAAUUUGAAAAAUGGCAUAUCCUAUGCCAAAGAUAAAGUGAAACCAAAAAUGAUGCAGUUAAUUUACUUAAUUUCUAAUGUACCUGUGUAAAAAGAAGCAAACCCGCUCCUGGCAUGUAGUUAAUUCUGAAGACAGUCCAAUAGCACUUCAGCUACCACAGCCAUGGGCAAAACUUACUCAGUAGCAUUUGAAGUGGAAAGCGAUGCUUGAGUCAUUCAGAUUCUUCUCUGUUUAGUUUUUAAGAGUUUACACUUGACAAAGUGUCUCAUUCUUGUAGAGUUUAAAUGUCUUUAGGAAAGUCUUUUGGAAUGCAUGGCUUACCCAGUUCAAAGCGUAGAUCAUAUUGAUUUUUGUUUCAUUUUGUUCUUGACUGGAAAAUAUCAGGAUGCUGGAUCCCGAACGCAAUUGUGCUUGUUCAUGUUUUCGUGAGACAUUGUUUUGCAAAAGCCAUAUUUGACCUUCUUACCAGUGUACUGCUGCCAACAUGUAAAGCAAAAAAAUAAAACUGACAGCAAAACGAGAAAAAUCCUCUCUGCCCACCCAUAAAUCCCUGCCCCCAGCCCUGAAUUUUUAAUCUCUACAGGACAAAAGUGGCACAUAAACCUGAGUACUAAUAAGUUAUAUUUUUUUAUUUAAGCAUAAUAGCUUUCAGAUACUGUAUUAAAGAUUUUGCUCUAGUUUAUGUGCAUGCAAUUUGUUUACAUCUUUAAACUACUUUAUUUGUAUAUUAUGAAACAACAAGAUAUGUUGAAAUCUGAAUUCUCUAGUGCAUGCUUUUUUUCUUUUUCCCUGUGUAUAUACAUAAGCUAGAAGUACUUUUACGUCAUGUAGCAUGUGUUUAAAAAAAGACAUCUGCUGUAGAAGCACUAAAUGACUUUGUUUUUACUGUGCCUUACUUCUAAACCAUUCCAAGUGCAAUACCAGCAGAGCAAAAUGUAAUGAAUUCUGUUGUUGACAUGUUCAUGGAUGCCUGAAUUGAUCUUUUUUGUUAGUGUACAAUUUGAGUUGUACUUUAAAGAACUGAAUGAUGUAUGCUUCUUUAUAUUACAAUAAAUAAAAGAGAUGCUUACGA